CUGGUAGUAAUUCAUGGCGGCGCACUGUUCAGCAGGACUUUCAGGGAGAGCAGGACUCCGCAGUUUCCUGCGGAGAGUUUUUUGUGCAGGAAGCUGCAGCCCCCAACAGCCCUGCUGUGUCAGCAACGUCGGCGCUUCUUCUGGAAGAAGUGGAAAAGUUCUCACAAUGUUGUUCGCCCAGCUACUGUUAGACCUGCAUAUGCGGUACCCAAGGAAAUUAUGCGGCCGGGCUAUGUCGGCAGUGGACUGGUCCCAGAAUGGCCGGACUACAUAGAGAUCAAAAACCAGGAGCAGAUUGAAGGCCUGGCCAGAGCAUGUCAGCUAGCCCGACAUGUACUGCUGCUAGCUGGACGCAGUCUGAGAGUUGGCAUGACAACAGAUGAAAUAGACUUCAUCGUGCACCAGGAAACAAUAAAGCACAACGCCUACCCAUCACCUCUCAGAUACGGAGGUUUCCCAAAGUCAGUCUGUACGUCUGUGAACAACGUGGUCUGUCACGGCAUACCUGACAGUCGGCAACUUGAAGAUGGAGACAUCAUCAACAUCGAUGUCACUGUGUAUUUGGACGGUUACCAUGGAGACACUUCAGAAACGUACUUGAUUGGUCAGGUGGAUGAGGUUGGGCGGCGACUGGUGGAAACUGCCAGGCGGUGUAGAGACGAGGCCAUCGCCGCCUGCAAACCGGGUGCACAGCUCUGCGUUAUAGGAAACACUAUCAGUGAAAUAGCCCACGCUAAUGGCUUCCAAGUGUGUCCUUAUUUCAUUGGACAUGGAAUAGGCUCCUACUUUCACUGCCAUCCUGAGAUUUGGCAUCACGCUAAUGACAAUGACAUGACCAUGGAUGAAGGGAUGGCUUUCACAAUAGAGCCCAUACUGAUGGAGGGAUCUGUGGAGUUUAAGAUCAUGAAGGACAAGUGGACCGCAGUGUCUGUAGAUGAUAAAAGGUCGGCUCAGUUUGAGCACACGGUGGUCAUCACAGCUGACGGAGUGGAGAUUCUCACCAAACUGCCAGAAGAGGACAAUCUAAAACCUGAAGGAUUGUAGCUGCUCAUUGGUUCAACACAUCACCUACCUGAGGGUCUGGACUACUGUUUGUGAUAAUAAAGCACUAAAAACUUAACUGAUAGUUUACCUCAAUAUGAUUUACAGAACUAUGCAGCUUCUACAUGUAAAGUGUAAAAAAGGUCACUUUUAUUUAUUCACCAAGGCUUACUUUCUGUAUCUACACAUAUUAGACAGCAUUAAAGCCACCUACCUAACCUGAGCUCUGGCCUGUCAGUGCGUUAACACAGAACCUCUGGAUCAGACUUGUUCUGCAUCCCAUGGAUGCUAAAUCAGAUUGGAAAUGGAGAGUUUGGAAACCAGAUCUGAUGUUUUGGCCUCUUUGUUGUGUUCCUGAGACAUUCCUGAGCAGUUUUUGGGGUGUGGAGGGACUGAGCGUCCUGCUGGGAAGCUGCUGUCAUCACUUAGUGCUGUGUGCUAUGUUUAGGUUUGUUACAUGUCCAAGUAACAUCUGUAUGAAUGCCAGGCAGAACACUGUAGCAUGCAAUGUGGCUGCAGGUGCAUCUCAUUAAUUCAUUUGGGUUUUAAGCAUGUGUGUGUGUUUAUAGUGUUGGCAUUAGGAGGUUACAUUUUUUAUUUUGAUAGUCUAGCGGUAUCCUGAUAGUUUAGGCAAUGAUUUUUCUUGAAGACAGUGAAAUGGAAGUAAUUUAACCAGGACAGUAACCACAAUCCAGACUCCUCCAGGACAAUGUGAUCUACUCAUGACAGCCACCAACUACAAUCACAAAAUGUCACUUAUGUAUCAUAUUUUUCUAAAUACUGUCUCAAAUCCCUCACGACACUGCAAGGUACAAAUGGUUACAAACCAUGCAGGCAAAAUACCUCCUUAUAGUAACACAGGGUGUUCAGACCCCUGGCUCCUAUUUUUCCUUUAUUUUGUGAACCAUCUGUAUGUAAUUGUGGUUGAGAAUCACUUUUAUUUUUUUAUUAAACUGCAUUUAGUUCACAAAAGAAUUACAUUUAAGAAUGCUUAAAAAUGAUGUUUAUAUGCAAUCCUCUUCAUGAAAUAAAGCCCAAAGUCAAAUCUUAAAAGCAUUACAGGAAAUCACCAUAGGUGAUGAUCACAGCUCUGAAUGUGAGUUAUGACAACUUACUGAGACAAUUUGUGCACACUUCUGAAUCAUAAAAUACAAACUUUGUAAUAGAUGUUAGUUAAAUCUGUCUCAGUCAUCCUGGGAAAGUGAUAUUACGUGUAGUUGAGCAUAACCAAUAGAUGGCAGCAAACACUGCAUGUUGAGGUCAGCCCAGAUUUCAUGUUGAAGUCACUCUUGAUGUGCUGCAGCAAACUGUAUCUGACUUUCUCAAAAGUGUUUGCGGCUCCCAGCCAUGAGGCAAAAGCUUUCAAUUGUAGUAGUUGGUAUUUUUAACCCUAUCUCUUGAUCUCAUGGCAUUAACCUAAACCAAGUGUCUGUAAUUAAUCGCUGUGAAAACAUAAUUGACACUUCUACAGCCGCACCAUUCAAUGUAACCUCUUGACUUCCUAAUUAUAACAGAAUGAAAGCAAACUUUACCAGAUAACUUGGUGAAGAAUAUAAUCUGAGCAAAUGAGAGGUUGUGCUGGGGGAUAAAUUCCAGACAUUACAGCCUUCUUUAUUCAUCCAGUUCCUCACCAACGUCUGUAUCUUUCGUCCGCUGGUGGAUUUAAUAAAGAACAUAGCAGAUUGUGCUUUUACCGGUUGUCACAAAGCUUCUCCCAUUCCUCACUAUAAUUUAAGUUCACAUCACAGGCUUAUUAGUUUAUAUCGAACUUGGACUGCGGUAUGUGUGAUUAAAAACUGCCCUUGAAACCUAA